AUGCCACCAUGUGAGUAUAUUGCACUCAGCAUUGAGCUUAUAAAUGUUGACUUCGAAGGCGUACAAAGAAGGAGAUCGGUAACGAUAUUGGCACAUUGGAGGCUGAGACGCUUCGGUUCUUUAGCGAUCAUAUUCGACAGCCAAGCAGCGGGCGGCCGGAUCGUAUUACGUAUAUCAGAGCUAUCAUACUCUUCAACUACUACUACAGAUGAUACAGAUGCUGCAGCACUUUUGACCAACUGCUAUUGCUAUUGCUGUUGCUGUUGUUGUUGUUGUUGUUGUUGUUGUUCAACUGCAGUCUUGCGCAUACUGGAUCUUAAAAUCAGCGCGUUCAACGCCUAUUAUUGGCUGAUGCCGGUCUUUAAAAAACUAAAACUGCCCGUUGAAAAUCUAAACUUCCCUAUGGCCGUACCCUCCGUGAACGAUCUCGUACUCGAAACUGGGGAAAAACAAAGAAACCCCUUCAGUAGUAUCUAUGACAUAAGCCCACGUUUGGCUACAGUCUUAAGCACGUUAUCAGGCCAAAAUGAACGAUAUUAAAGCAAGACAUUGUCAGGAAAAGAACUCCAUCUACGCUAGGAUGGUCAAAUACUCGAAUGCGGAACGAGACAAUAAACAAGCAAGUCAUGAAUGUGUUGGGCGCCAAAAAAAAAAGGGACAAGUCUACAGUCACAUUCUACAGACCCACUUAAAGGGGGCUACAUACCCAUCUAUGUAGGAGUCUUUUUCUUUUUCCAUGACGGGGAUAGAGGGAUGACCCCUCAUUGAAUAACGAUGGGCCCCGUUUAUAAGAAGCAGCAGUUUGAGCGGAAAAGAAAUUGGCUCCAAACACUGAGACUCACUGCUUGUGAAAAAAGUGAAUGUAUGGAAGGGGACGAUUUGAAUCUGCCCACACGGAAUAAACACUGUGCUUGUUGAUGGGUUGUAGAAUGAUAAGACAUACACUCAAAUGUAUUUAGCAUUUUACUGUGUGCACUUU